GACCCGGGCUUCGUGCCCGUGCUGCGGUGCCUGCUGCGCCUCGGCGCGAACCCCGACGCGGCGCGCGCCGGCGGCCAGAUGCCCGCGCACCGCUGCGCGGCGUUCGACCUCACGCCCAUGCUCGCGCUGCUCGGCGAGUUCGGCGCGGAGGUCGACCGCGAGGACGACGAGGGCUACGCGCCGGCCCACGUCUGCGCCGCCUGGGGCAAGACGUCGGCCCUCGAGUGGCUGCUCACGCGGGGCGCGGUCCACGUCGAGCGGCUCCACGGCAACGGCAUGACGCUGUCCAUGUUCGCGGCCGUCAACGGCCACCUGGAGACCCUCAAGUGCCUG